AUGUAUUACGAAUUAUUUGCUAUAGCUCGUAUAACGGAUCCACUUCAUGUUACAAAGGAAGCUACUAAAAUUGCAUCCACGGUUGGUAAAUUAAUUUUAAACAAUAGAGGAAUAAUAAGAGAUAUUACAAGUUUAGGAGCAAAACCAUUACCGAAAAUAAUAUCAAAAGAACAAGAAAGACAUUUUCAAGGUUAUCAUUUUAUAAUGGGAUUUGACUCAUCAAGUAAUGUUCAAGCUCAACUUUUGAGAACUUUAAGGAAAGAUCCAAGGAUUUUGAGGGCAAGUAUUAUGAAACAUGAUAUAAAGCAUAAUCUUAAUCCAGGCACAUCUAUAGAACAAGCAUUGAACGCAUCAUGA